UCUAUUCUUCUUUUCUGAAAUUCGAUUCAAUCGCAAAACAUUUGAUUUCGAUUCUCCAAUGGCGGCGGUUACUACAAUUUCCUUCACUGCCGCAGUUCAAUCUCCGGAUCUGAACUCCUCAGCUCGGAGUUAUUCGAAUUUUGAUGCUUUCAAACUCCGUAGCGCGGUGACGUAUGACGCGUGCAGUGUUCGCGCUUCGAGCUCCUCUCGCAUGGUCGUUCAUUGCAUGUGCACUUCAGUAGAUGUGCCUACUGUUUCUCAGACAAAAUUGAAUUUCUUGAAGGCGUAUAAGAGGCCAAUUCCAAGUAUAUACAACACUGUGUUGCAAGAGCUUAUUGUGCAGCAGCAUCUCACGAAAUACAAGAAGUCAUUCCGGUAUGAUCCCGUGUUUGCUCUGGGUUUUGUUACCGUGUACGAUCGACUAAUGGAGGGUUACCCGAGUGAUGAGGACCGGCAAGCCAUUUUCGAGGCUUAUAUCAGGGCUUUAAAUGACGAUCCUGCUCAAUUUAGGGCUGAUGCACAGAAAGUAGAAGAAUGGGCCAAAACUCAAUCACCCAGUUCUUUAGUAGAAUUUGCAUCAAGAGAUGGAGAAAUUGAAGGGAUUUUAAAGGACAUUGCAGAAAGAGCGGGAACCAAGGGGAGUUUCAGUUACAGUCGUUUCUUUGCAGUUGGCCUUUUCCGUCUGCUUGAGUUAUCAAAUUCCACAGAACCAAACAUUUUGGAUAAGCUUUGUGCUGCACUGAAUGUCAGCAAGAGAAGUGUUGAUCGCGACCUAGAUGUCUACCGUAAUCUGCUUUCUAAGCUGGUUCAAGCGAAAGAAUUGUUAAAGGAAUAUACAGAAAGAGAGAAAAAGAAAACAGAAGAAAGGGCUGCUGCGUCCCAGAAAGCAAAUGAGGCCGUCACUAAAUAAUCGACAUAAUCCAAGUACAUACCACAUAUCAGAGUCCAUUAUUAUGAGAGACGGCACAAUUCCUCAACGUUCACGCAGUUGUUGAAGAAAAAGAAAAAGAAAAAAAAAAGACCACAGUAAGUGGCAGCUGCUACUAAUCCCAAAAAUUGAGGGGCAGCUUGAUGUUUAAGUUAGAUAUGUAAUUCUAUGAUACACUUCAUAUCAAUACAGGCAUUUUGUAUACUGAGGCAUCAUGAACAUCCAAUUUGAUGGUUAUAUAUAUUCUGAUUUUCUA